AUGGACCAUCUCACAACUGGAUGUGCCAAAUAACAAUAAAGACCCCAAUCCGAUUCGUCCGAUUCAAUCAACAGUAUGUCAGUAUCCUCCUCAUAAUCAUCACUAUCUUCCCUCUCUCUAGCAAAAAAGUCCAACAGAAGAAGAACAAAGGUAACAUUCUCUGAGCCUGCUGCAGCGAUAUUCGCGUACCAUACGAUAUACGGACAAAUUAAUCAAUUCAACACGAAUUUUGAUCCGAUUUGCAGAAUUCACAUGCGGUGUUCAUUGUUGAGCGAGAAUUAGUCUCACAGUUUUCGUGAAAGAAGCUAGGAACAUCGAUCAAAUAGGACAUUGACGGAUUCAAGUGCGUGCGUAGACUGUAGAGGAACAUUUUGUGAGGAUUUGAUCACAUGAAGAGAUUGAUCUCAGUUGAAGGAGGUUGAGAAUCAAUGAAGAGAGAUCAAGAGGUUACAGAUGGAUUUGGCACGAGAGGGAAGAACUGGAGGAAGAUAGCAGGUGGAGGAGAAUGGAAGCUUUCUACGGCCUUGAUUCAGCCGAAACGUCGUCGGAAAACACCACCAGCAGUCACACCGAGAAAUGCAUUUUCUCCGUCUAGCUCCAAGUCGGAUCACGUUCAUGACAUGCCGUGUGUGUGUGGCUAUGAUCGGAGCGAACUCACCCAGGAAAGCGUGAACUUAUCAGAUCUAGAUGAAGAAAAGGAUGAAGGUGUUACGACGUCAAAGCGGAAAUUCGAUGAGACUGGAAAGAGCGUUGAGACGCCGCCGUUGAGGGAGUACGAAGAAAAACAGGGGGAGCUGGAGUCGACGGCGACUCUGCCAGAAGACGAAGCAACUUCUCUUGAUAAGAAUCUUACGAAAUCAACACCUGAAAAGAUACCGUCCGGAGAGGAACUGGAAGCCUUUUUUUCUGUGGCCGAAAGAAAAAUCCAGAAGCAAUUUGCAGAAAAGUAUAAUUUCGACAUUGUCGAGGACAAACCACUAGAGGGUCGGUACGAGUGGGAUCCGUUACAGCCGUGAAGACAUUGUCGACGGAAAUCGGCCGUACAGCAAGAUCUAAUUACUUCGAAUUCUUACUUUACUCUUGGUGGUGGCGUCAACAAAGUACUUUAAUUUCAACGAGUAUUUAUAUAGAAAGUUGAUGGCUAUUCUUAGGAAUUAGGAUUUUUUCAGUUUCUUGUUUGGGUGAUGUAUAUAUAUGGUUAAGUCUUAAACUACUUUAUCUCUUUUUAAUUCUUCGACAGAAAUGAAGAAUUAACCCUUCAUGCAUUUCAAGGUACAUAUCAAUGCAUUCUGUUAUUAUUAUCCAAUGUAUAUACGGAGUAUUAGACAAGUAUUCUGUAUUGAAUUAUGAUCAUUAAUUAAAUAUUAGUAGAUUCUAUGGUACCCAUAAGGUACCAUACCUUUGUCCACAUGGACCAAUUAGAAUGUUGCAGUUGAAUUAUUUAAAUCUAAAUUAAAAAUGAUAUAUCUAUUUGGACCAAUCAAGUGAAUGAUAGG